AGUGACAUUCAAAAGAUGAAGUACUCAUGGAAUGUGGUUUGGGAAGUAAUGCGACUUGCACCACCUGCGCCAGGAGGUUUUAAACAAGCCAUGGCAGAUUUCACGUACGCAGGAUAUCGCAUUUCGAAAGGAUGCAAGCUGUGCUGGAGCUCAACGGCUACACAUAAGAACCCUGAGUACUUCCCAGACCCAGAUAAAUUUGAUCCUUCAAGGUUUCAAGGGGAUGGUCCGGCUCCGUUUACAUAUGUUCCAUUUGCAGGAGGACCUGGUACAAGCGCCGGCAAAGAGUAUGUUCGGGUUCAAAUACUUGUCUUCGUUCAUCAUCUCGUAAGGAGGUACAAGAUAGAGAAAUCGAUCCCUUUGAAUCCGAAGGACGAAGAGAAGUUAAUAUUUAAACCAUUUCCAUUACUUACCAAAGGGCUCCCUAUUUGUAUUCGAGCUCAUUAG